GCUUGGAAUGAAUCGGAUCUAUGUAAAGUUAUAAUUCUUAAAGCUACUGGAAACAAGGCCUUCUGUGCCGGUGGAGAUGUUAAACAACAGGGCGAAGGUCAACAUGCUAUAAAAUUUUUUGAAGAAGAAUAUCAACUCAAUCAUCUUAUUGCCACGUUAGACAAGCCGUUUGUUUCGUUCUUAGACGUGGGUGGUGGUGUUGGACUUUCCGUUCAUGCCCCAUUUCGUGUCGCAACAGAAAACACUGUAUUUGCCAUGCCCGAGACAAAAAUUGGAUUUUUUCCUGAUGUUGGUGGAUCUUUCUUUUUGCCAAGGAUGGAUGGUGAAGUCGGAACUUAUUUGGCUUUGACAGGCGCUUCAUUAAAAGGCCUAGAUGUUUUUUUAUCUGGGAUAGCCACACAUUAUGUUCCAUCACAACGAUUGCCACUUUUGGAAAAUCGGCUAAGUGAAAUUGAAUGUGAUGACCAUGAAGUUAUAAACGCAGCAAUUGAAGAAUUUGUUGCUGAACAUAAUCAUGAUCAUUCUUAUGCUCUUGGUGGAAAUGUUAGAAAAUCUAUUGAUCGUGUUGAAGAUAUCUUAAAAGCUUUGGAGCAAGAAAACUCAAAUUGGUCUAGGAAAACAAUAAACACAAUUUUACAGAUGUCACCCACGAGUUUGAAAGAAAAAUCUGAUUUUGCGAGAGGUGUCAAGCACCUUCUUGUCGAGAAAGAAAAAACGCCUCCAAAAUGGGAUCCACCAUCUUUAGAGGAAGUUUUUGAUGUUGAUAUUGAUGAAUUCUAUUUUAAUCCCUCUGGUACACAAGAGCUUGAACUAUUGAACAUAC